AAGGUCAGUCAGGUUAGUUUGUUUGGUUUGUUCGUUUCGGAAUUUGGUUUGUAACAUGUACUCUCCUCAAAAUCAGUGAAAUUUGUUCUCCCCUGCUCGUAGAUUAGCUAACACACAUUGUGUUAGUGAACCACGUUAAAUUUGUGUUCGUUUGUCGAACUCUAGAUUAUCGUUUGCAUGCUUCUGUUUUGACAAGUGGUAUCAGAGCCUUUGGUUGCGGUUUUGGGAAUUUGGUGCUGGAUUGAAGUUUUGCACUGAGAAUUUUGGUUGGAGUUUGUUUGAUAGCAAGGAUGGCUGCUAUCAGUAUGAAGAUUGAUAAGUUUACUAGGAGAAAAAGUUUCAGUUUGUGGCAAAUCAAGAUGCAAGCACUGUUGAAACAACAGGGUUUGUGGGCUCCGUUGUCUGAGAAAUCAAAGAAGCAAAGCAUAGAUGAAGAAGAGCGGAUUACUUUGGAGGAGAAAGCUCACUCUACAAUCUUGCUUGUUUUGGCUGAUGACAUCAUCACUGAGGUUGCUACUGAGAAGACUGCCGCGGGCUUGUGGUUGAAGCUUGAAAGUAUAUACAUGACAAAGUCUUUAACCAACAAGUUGCAUAUGAAGCAACGUUUGUUCAGUUUGCGUAUGGAGGAAGGUAUGCCUCCCAGGAAUCAUCUAGAUCAACUCAAUACUAUCUUGUUAGAUCUGUGGAAUAUUGAUGUUAAAGUAGAUUAUGAGGAUGCUGUCUUAAUUCUGUUAGUAUCUUUGCCACAGUCAUAUGAGAAUUUUGUGGAUUCUUUUAUUGUUGGGAAAGAUAGUUUGUCUUUGGAAGAUGUCAGAUCUGCUCUACAUACUAGGGAGGUUCGAGAUAAGGCGUCUGGUUCAGGUUCGGAAAAUCAGGCAUCUGGGUUGGCUGCUACGGGAAGUAGUGGACAACAAUCUAGUAAUAGGAAGGCGAAUAUAAAUUCGAAUUGUGUUGGCUAGAAGAAUGAUAUCUGUCAUUACUGUAAGGAGAAAGGGCAUUGGAAAUUCGAUUGUCCUAAACUAAGAAAUAUAAGGAGAAGAAGGAAUCAUCUGUUGCUGUGGCGGAAGAAAGUAGCUCCGAUUCUGAAGAUGGUUUAGCCUUAGCAGUGAAUGAACAGGUACAUCAUCA